AUGGCGUCGGAAUAUAAGGAUUCCUCUAGUAGAAUUAGGUGUCCGUGUGUUAGAUGCAUAAACAAUAGGCUUGAAACUUUACCUAUGGUGAAAGCACACGUAUUCGAUUGGAGUUUUCAUCAAGGUUACGAGAAGUGGAUAUAUCACGGUGAAGCAGAAGCAGAUGUUGCCAAUGUGGUGGACGCCAACGAUGAUGAUGUUGAUGAGAUGAUUCCGAUGGUCGAAGACUUCCUUCUACCUACAACCGAAGAAGUUGAAAAUAAUCCUGCGGCGGGACAAUUUUAUGACGAUCUGUUUGACGAGAUAGAGGCUGAGUUAUAUCCUGGUUGUCAUUGGAUAUCUUCUCUUAACUUUUUAGCAAAAUUAUUGCAUUUGAAAGUUAGAGGCAAGAUUCCGAAUAAAAUCUUCGAUGAAUUACUGAAAUUACUAAAGUUUGCAUUUCCGAAGGGAAAUAAAAUUCCAUCAACCUACUACGAGGCUAAAAAAAGAUUACAGAAAUUAGGGUUAGGGUACGAGUCAAUUCAUGUAUGUGAACAUGACUGUUGUUUGUUUUACAAAGAGCAUUCAACUAAAGAGACUUGUCCAAUUUGCGGAAGUAGUAGAUGGAUUUCUCCUGAAAAAAUGGAUGGAAAAAAGGUACCACAUAAGGUGAUGCGUUACUUUCCAUUGACUCCUCGAUUAAAAAGACUGUACAGUUCAAGACUUACAGCGAAGCAAAUGUUAUGGCACUAUACUGGGAAAUCAAAAGACGAUGGGAUAAUGAGACACCCAGUGGAUGGGUUAGCGUGGAAGGAUUUUGAUGCCAAACAUCCUGAUUUUGCUAGUGAACCUCGGAAUGUUCGUUUAGGUUUAGCUGCAGAUGGUUUCAAUCCGUUUGGCAACAUGAGUCAAGCAUAUAGUAUGUGGCCUGUGGUGUUGGCUAACUACAAUCUUCCACCUUGGAUGUGUAUGAAAGAUAAUAAUUUCAUAUUAUCCAUUCUUAUUCCUAGACCAAAAUCACCGGGAAAGGACAUGGAUAUAUUCUUGAGACCAUUGGUGGAUGAGUUAAAGGAGUUGUGGGUUAAUGGUGUCGAUACAAGAGAUAGUAUAACCAACACUAUGUUCAAGUUGCGUGCAGCCUUAUUGUGGACAGUUAACGAUUUUCCUGCUCGUAGCUAUUUAUCUGGAUGGAGUGGUCAGGGAUACAAAGCUUGUCCAACGUGUAAUGAAGACACAACUUCUGUUCGAGUAAUCGGUAAGACAUCCUACAUUGGUCACAGAAGAUUCCUUCCAAGUAACCAUCGAAUGAGAAGAGACACUCAGUUUGACGGACAAAUCGAGAGAAGACGUCCACCAAGACGUUUUACUUGUGACAAAAUAUUAGAACAAGUAAACAAACUUGUACCACAAGUUCCUGGAAAACACGAGAUGUUUGGAGGUGUCAAACGUAGGCGUAUUGCAGAAGAUCAAAAUUGGAGGAAGAAAAGCAUAUUUUAUGAGCUUGAUUAUUGGUCUUCGAACACGUUAAAACAAAACAUUGAUGACACCACUAAUGCAAGACAUGAUUUGAAAAAGUUUGGAGUAAGGGAAUCGUUGUGGAUAUAUGAAGAUGACAGCGGAAAGUUAAUGAAGCCUCAUGCCCCUUAUGUUCUCACAUCUGAUCAACGAAUGCAGUUUUGUAAAUUUAUUCGAGAUGUGAAAUUUCCAGAUAAUUUUUGUUCCAAUUUAAAGAAGAAAGUAAAUGCUGAUUUAACAAAUAUCAGCAGUUUAAAGUCCCACGACAGUCAUGCAAAUUUGUGCAAGAACUAUAAAGGUGUUGAAACAAGAUUUAAUCAUCUUGAUCGCAAUGAAGAUGAGGUGACACCAAGAAAACUCUUUGCAUUUCAAUCGCAAUGUCGACCUAUAACAAAAGAAACUCUAAAGCCUCUUGAUCGUGCGACUCGUGAACAAGCAGAGUGUGAACACUUAGAAGAAAUCAAACACAAAUAUCAGGAUGGAGAUCAUAACAUUUUACAUAAGAAAUAUUUUCAACGAUGGUUUCACAAGAAGAUAUACGACUUACAAAAGCUUGGAUCGUUAGAUAAUGGUGACGAGUUGCUAGCUUUAGCAUCUGGAUCAGAUCAUUUAGGAGCUUAUUACGAAGGUUGUAUAGUGAAUGGUGUUCGAUUUAUGUCAACCAAACGAGAUUUAAAGAGGAGCACUCAAAACAGUGGAGUAUUUGUUGCUGGAACAGAAGAUUUUAACUAUUAUGGAAUACUUGAAGAAGUAUUAAAGUUAACAUUUACUGGCACAUAUUCUGUGACAUUGUUCAAGUGUAAGUGGUUUAAUACAGAUCCAAGAAGGAAGAAAAUAAUUAUAGAGAAUAAUAUUACUAGUAUAAACACUAGCGGGGAAUGGUACAAGGAUGACCCAUAUAUACUUGCAAAUCAAGCGAAGCAAGUAUUUUAUCUCGAUGAUAUACUUAGAGGAAAUCAGUGGAAAGUUGUUGAGGGUGUAAACCAUCGACAAAUUUGGGACGUCGAGAACUGUGAAGCUAAUUCAGACAUUGAUGUGGUACAUGAUAUUAGCUCAUCAAAUUUUGUGUUGACUGUGGAUCUUGGCGAGUUGGUUAUGCUACCUACUCAAAAUUCGAUUGACAUUAGUACAGUACAAAAUUUAAAUGUUAGUCAAGAGGAUCACGAGUUAGGCGAUGAAGAAGCAGAUGAAGAAUUAGAUGAAGAAGAUGAUUUAUUAAUUGAUUUUUGUGAAGAUGAUGUUAAUGCUAAUUUAGUUAAUGAUGGAAGCGAUAGUGAUUAUUAG